AUGAUGUACACGAUUACCAGAGGUCCUAGCAAACUAGUGACUCAGCGGCGAACAGGACCUACGCAGCCGCUCGACAACAAAAUAAACGACUUCAAGCACAAGCAGACGACCUGGAGUUUGCCCGAUCUCGCCGCACCCAAAAUCGUUUUUAACCGGUCCAACGGAAAGAAGUACCACCAACCCGCGGACCCCCAGCAGGAUGAGGAGUCGACGGCAGGCCACGAGGACAACGUAAAGUUUGUGUACGAGGCCUGGCAGGAGGUGCUUCAGCAAGAGCAAGGGAACCUCCGAGGCACCGGCGAGGACCCAAUUGGGCUGACGGUCCACUACAAAGAUGACACUCCGAGCCCUCACAUGGACAACUUUGUGCCCAUCGAUCUGGACGAGUGGUGGGCCCAGCGCUUCCUGGCAAACAUAGACAAACUAUCCUGA